UUCAUUUGUCCCCCAUUACUCCGUCCCUCCUAGUGUGUGGUAAAUCUCAUCAGUGAUCUUCAAGAGCAGAUGUGCAGGUUUCAGGAAGAGAUCAGCACUCGUAUUCAGGAGAAACGGGCACUGGAGGAGAGGGAGGCCCAGCAGGGGCAACCCAGAGGCAGCGACCCCCCGGGCCACAGCCUGGGGGCCGGGUCAGUCAGCUCAGACCUGAGCCUGGCUGCCUCCGACCCCCUGAGGCCCGAUGGAGGACAGAAUGUACAUGAUUUGCUUCAAGAGGUAAAGCAGCUGAAGAGAGAAGUGGAGGAUUUGCAAGGCGAGAAGGGCCAGUAUGAGAGAAAAAUCAAAGCCACAAAGUCGCUCAUGAGCCAGCUGUCCAGUCUGCAGCUGAAAGUGGAGCACAUGCAGCUGGAGAAGCAGCAGUGGGAGGAGAGCUGCCACAGUGCACAGGCCGACAUAUCAGAGCUGCAGCAACUCCUGGCCUCCAAAGACGCUGAGAUCGAAUGUCUGGAGACACAACUGAUGGCAAGAGGCGGCACAGCUGACGAAAACACAGAGAGAGACCAAGAAUACCAGAGGCUGAAGGUUGGGAUGGAGUCUUUGUUAGCUUCAAAUGAUGAAAAGGAGCGACGUAUAGAGGAGCUGACCAUUCUGCUUGGCCAAUACAGAAAGAUGAGGGAAGUCAUGGCACUCACACAGGGGAGUAGUGAUGAGGAUCUGAGUGGCAGUUCAGGAGUCAGAGCCUUCACACAUAAAGCACACUCUGAUAUUGUCAGGUCACAGAUGUCAUCGCUGUCAUCUUCUCCAUUUGUGCUAUCUUCUUCCCCCUACCAGAGAGGAUUUGAUUCUAGUUGGAAACCGAUGGACUUGACAAUGUUGGAGUCUCGGUUCAACCCAGAAACGCUGGCCAUGCUGCUAAACAUCCCACCGGAGAAAACACUGCUGAGACGCCACCUAACAACCAACUUUAACAACCUGGUGGGAGCAGAGGCUCAUCUCGAGAAGAAGGUGUACACGGAGGCAACGGGGAACACCCCACUCAGCAUCACAGCUAAAGUCAAGAAUAAUCCACCAUAA